AUGACUGGAUACGGUGAUAAGGGCCUCUGGAAGGCGGUACAAAGUUUCUUGCCCGAACGUCUUCAUUUCACCGCGGAACAUCACCCAGAAGACGACUGGUGGGAGCACCGUGGCCAUGUCAUCCAUCUUGAUCGCUGGCCCAAUGCCCAAGCGAAAGUGCGACUGAUACUCUUUCAUGGUGUCGGAACCAAUGGUCGGCAAAUGUCCAUGAUCCUGGGAAGACCUUUGCAUGAAGCCGGGUUUGAAUUGGUCGCCAUUGACAUGCCGGGAUAUGGGCGGACCAAAAUCAAUCCAGCUUCAGUCCACACCUACGAUGAUUGGGUGAAUAUCGGAAAUGACUUUGUCAAUCACGAGCUGGAAAAUGAUCCACGUCCGAUUGCUCUAUAUGGUUUGAGUGCGGGCGGUAUGGAAGCUUACCAUGUGGCCGCGCUCAAUGGGAAGGUCAAAGGGGUUGUGGGCAUGACAUUUAUCGAGAUGCGCAACUGGAAAGUGCGCGAUCAGGUUUCUCGGAACUUGUUCAUGAGCCGUGUAGGCAUGCCGGUGGCUCAAAUCCAGAAGAACAUUCCUCUGCUGCGAAAUCAACCAAUGCCCAUGUGGUUAGCAAGCAAAAUGAACAAGCUUGUCAACGAUGAGGAUGCCCUCAACAUCAUGAUGCUGGACGCAUCGUCCGCCAGUCGGUGGAACACGAUGCGGUUUCUGGGGACCCAUGCCUCAUACAAGCCAGCAUUGGAGCCAGAAGCAUUCGAUAUCUGCCCGAUCCUUCUCACACAGCCUGCAGAAGAUACGUGGACACCUCGCUGGGUCAGUGAGAUGUUUCUGUCGAGGAUCAAGAAGGUCAAGGUGAAAAUUGUUGAGCUUGAGCAAGCCGGGCACUACCCCUUGGAGGACCCUGGAUUACAGCAAAUGGCGGAUGCGAUUAUCAAGUUUCUCAAUGAUCUGGAGCCUUGCUGA